GCCACUCCGCAGGAGCCCCCUGCCCCGGCUCCCCAAGUGGGCAGUGGAGCCGGCCCUGCACCUGGGCGCGCCAUGCGCAGCACCACGCUGCUGGCUUUGCUGGCGCUGGUCCUGCUGUACUUGGUGCUGGGUGCCCUGGUGUUCCGGGCGCUGGAGCAGCCCCACGAGCAGCAGGCCCAGAGGGAACUGGGUGAGCUCAGCGAGAAGUUCCUGAGGGCCCACCCGUGUGUGAGCCAGCAGCAGCUGGGGCUCUUCAUCAAGGAGGUGGCCGGCGCCCUGGGAGGGGGCGCGGACCCAGAGACCAACUCGUCCAGUAACAGCAGCCACUCGGCCUGGGACCUGGGCAGCGCCUUCUUUUUCUCCGGCACCAUCAUCACCACCAUCGGUUACGGCAACGCAGCCCUCCGCACCGACGCUGGGCGCCUGUUCUGCAUCUUCUACGCGCUGGUGGGGAUCCCGCUGUUCGGGAUCCUGCUGGCGGGGGUCGGGGACCGGCUGGGUUCCUCCCUGCGCCGUGGCAUCGGCCACAUCGAAGCGGUCUUCCUGAAGUGGCACGUGCCCCCGGAGCUGGUGCGAGUGCUGUCGGCGAUGCUCUUUCUGCUCAUCGGCUGCCUGCUCUUUGUCCUCACGCCCACCUUCGUGUUCUGCUACAUGGAGGAGUGGAGCAAGCUGGAAGCCAUCUACUUUGUCAUAGUGACGCUCACCACUGUGGGCUUCGGCGACUAUGUGGCCGGCGCUGACCCCCGGCAGGACUCUCCAGCCUACCAGCCGCUGGUGUGGUUCUGGAUCCUGCUCGGCCUGGCCUACUUCGCCUCGGUGCUCACCACCAUCGGGAACUGGUUGCGAGUGGUGUCCCGGCGAACUCGGGCAGAGAUGGGCGGCCUCACGGCGCAGGCCGCCAGCUGGACCGGCACGGUGACGGCGCGGGUGACCCAGCGAGCCGGGCCCACCGCACCGCCGGAGAAGGAGCGUCCCUUGCUGCCCCCACCGCCCUGCCCCGCGCAGCCGGUCAGCAAGCCCCCGUCCCCGGCGCCCGCGCCCGCGGAGAAGCCCGAGACGCCGUCCCCGCCCACGGCCUCCGCCCUGGACUACCCCAGCGAGAACCUGGCCUUCAUCGACGAGUCCUCGGACACGCAAAGCGAGCGCGGUUUCGCGCAGCCCCGCGCGCCGCGGGGGCGCCGCCGCCCCAACCCCCCAAGGCGGCCCGCGCGGCCCCGGGGUCCCGGGCGUGCCCGGGACAAAGGCGUGCAGGUGUAG